AUGAAUUCAAAUGAGAUCGAAUUAGCACUUGUACCCAUACAUGAGUACAAUAAGAAAAGUAUUGAGGCUAAAAUUAAGCAAGGAAAAACAAGAGAGAGUUACAACUUACAAGGUUUAAUGGCAAUUGCAAUAAUUAAAAAGAAGAAUCAAGUAGACUCUACAUUAAGUGUUCAUGAGUUUAUUGAGAAUUUUGUUCAUGAAAAUGAUCAAAUUGAAGAAUUGUCUCAAAUUAAUGCUACUACUAUAAGCACUGAGAAAGAAUCAACAGAGAGGUCACUGGAGGAAGCACAUUCAAUUGUUACACACUUGGGGAAUAAAUCAUCUAUAAUCAAAGCAUGUUUGAAUUGCAACAAGAGACACAGAAAAUGCAAUAAGACACAACCUAUUUGUGGUCCUUGUCUUAUAAGAGGUUUGAAAUGUCAAUGGAAUUCAGAAAAUCUUCCUGUAAAGAACUCUCCUGAAACCUUGAAAGAAAACCUUGCUAGUGAACCUCAGAAGAUGAGCUUAAGAAAAAAAGAUAAUGAGAAUAAUAACCUUGAUGAGUUAUCAAGGGCUUCACAAACUGAAACCUCUGAUAAGAAUGAAUCCCAAGUUAUUCCCCAAAAACGGAAGAUUUCAAACUCAUGCUCAAGUACCCGAAAACCAACUUCAAAGAAGCAAUGUAAGGUUUCAAAUCCACCACUAAAAGACUCAGAUGAAAAACUUCAAUUUAGAAUUCCUACAAUCAAAAGAUUCUACCCAUUAUUAUCAUCAUUAAACAUUGAUACAACAGCAUUGGAACUUUAUGAAUAUGUUAAAAUCAAAUAUGAUCCUAUGGAUUUAUUAAGCUGUUUAAAAGUUUUCAUGGAAAUGGAUUCAAACAAGAUGAAUCUUGGAAUUAUCAAGAUUUUAACAUUUCAAGUCAUUGAAAAUAUUAAUUGUUUCCAAAUCUCAUUAGUUGAUCAAUUAAUUGAUUGUUGUGUCAAUAUUUUUAAAUAUCAAACACAUCAUCAUAAAGAUCCAAUAGAGAUAAUUAAUUUUAAAAAUCAAUGUUGUGUUAAAAUAAUGAGAAAAUUAUCAAGUUUGGAUGUUGUACUAUUCCAUGAAGCUUUAUUAAUCUCAGUUUGUCUAUAUUUGAAGAUUUUAAUCAGUUUAAUGGAUUUGAAUUUUAGUUUCCUCAAGAAAUAUUCAAAACAUGCAUUUAUGGAAUUUUAUACCUAUCAAAGAUAUAAUUUUACAGCUUCUACCAAAGCUAGAACUAUAAAGUUAUUGAUUAAAGAGUUCAAAUAUGAUGUUGAAUCAUUAAAAUGUGUUAUCAAAGGAUUAUUUAAAAAAUUGAACACCUUUAAACCAGAUGUUGGAAAGAUUAAUGAAAACAAAUUAAACAAAUAUAAACAACUACAAAUAUUCAUUGAUGCUUCAUUAAUCAUCAUUAAUGAUAUUGAUCUAUUAAAAUGUUUUAAAAACUUGAAACUCGAAUGGAUUCAUAAAUCAUGGUAA